AUGAAAGGAGAUCCUGUCCUAGACCCUUCGUGUGCCCAUGAGAGGAUCACAGAGAUGGAAAACUUCCACUCUGGGUUACAAAACUCAAUAACCUUUGAGGAUGUGGCCAUAGACUUCACCCAGGAGGAGUGGACAUUGCUGAAUUCAUCUCAGAGAAAACUACACAGAGAUGUGAUGCUAGAGAACUAUAGAAACUUGGCUUCACUGGGACAUGAACUCAGCAAGCCUCCUCUCAUCACCCAGAUGGAGCAAGGAGAUGAAAUGGAGAUAGUAGAGAGAAGAAUUCACCAAGACACCUGUUCAGAUGAGCUGAUUCUCUUUAAAACCAAACAACAACAGCAAAAACAAGGUAUUUUGGAGAAAUAUACGCUCAAUGGCGAGAAGGAACAAACUCUUGGAGGCAAUCCUAUUCAAUGCAGUGAAAUUGUUGAAGCCUUGAGUGUGAAAUCUAACAUUACUCAGAAUAAAAUUUACCCUAGCAAGAAACCCCAUCAAUACCUUGACUCUGCAAAAGCCCUUAGAGAUUCUUCACAUCUUAAGCCACCUGAGGGAAUUCCUCCUCGGGAAAGAUCUUAUGAAUGUAACAAGGACGAGAAUGCCUUCCUCAGGAGUUCUGACAUAGCUGGGCACAAGAGACAACAUACAGAAGAGACAUCCCAUGAAUGCAGUGACUUGGGGAAAGUCGUAAAUUCAAUCUCACACCUUAAGAAGGAUGAAAAAACUCACUCUAGGGAGAAACCUUUUGAGUGUAAUCAGUGUGGUAAAGUAUUACGGAGCCAUUCAUCCAUUAAGUUGCACAUGAGAACCCACACUGGAGAAAAACCGUUUAAGUGUGAUCAGUGUGGGAAAGCCUACAGCUCAAGCUCUUACCUUACGCGUCACAAGAGAAUUCAUACUGGGGAGAAGCCCUAUGAGUGCCAUGACUGUGGAAAAACCUUCCGAGAUAGCUCACUUCUCAGACAACAUUCAGGGACUCAUUCAGGAGAAAAACCCUACAAAUGUGAUCAAUGCACCAAAACCUUCAGUAGAAGCUAUAGGCUUACUAUACACCAGAUAACACAUACUGGAGAGAAACCCUAUACGUGCAAUGACUGUGGGAAAACCUUCAGUAUUCUCCCAUAUUUUAAAAGACAUAGGAGAAUCCACACUGGAGAGAAAUCCAUUGAAUGUAGCCAUUGUGGUAAAGCCCUGAGUAGUAAGUCAUCUCUUAAGAUACACCUGCGGAUACAUACUGGAGAGAAACCUUGCAAGUGUGAUCAAUGUGGGAAAGCUUUUAGGCUGAGCUCCAACCUUACCACGCACAGGAAAAUUCAUACUGGAGAGAAACCCUGUAAGUGCAAUGACUGUGGGAAAGCUUUCAGGGAUCGUUCAUGUCUUAAAGAACAUAAAAUUCACAUGAAAGUGAUACAUGAAUGUAAGGAAUGUGGGAAAACCUUCCGUGGUCUCUUAUCUCAUAGGAGGCACAUGAAAAUCCAUACCAGGGACAAGAAACCUUUUAAGUGCAGUGAGUGUGGAAAAGCUUUUAGCAGGCAUGUGUCCCUUACAGUACACAUGAGAACUCACACUGGAGAGAAACCCUACGAGUGUAAUCAAUGUGGAAAAUCCUUUAGUGUAAAGUGUAAUCUCAUUGUGCACAGAAGAAUACAUACUGAAGAAAAACCCUAUAAAUGCAAUGUCUGUGGGCAAGGUUUCAGUAAAUCCUUACCCCUUCGGCGUCAUGAGAGAACUCAUGCUCAAUAA